AUGAAACCCCUAAUCUAUCCCAUCUCAAACCCUAAUGGCAAGUGCAAAUACAAAAGAGAUUAUCCAGGAUCUAGGAUUCUUGCCAAGAAGGCCUUUCUUGCUAAGUUUUUCUCCACCGGUCGCACAGCCAAGCUUAGAGGAGAGAUAUCCAGCUUCAUCCAGCGAAACAAUGAGACAUUCGCAGAGGCUUGGGAGAGGUUCAAAGGCUACACAAGUCAGUGCCCACACCAUGGAUUCAACAAUGAAUCCCUACUCUCCACUCUUUAUAGAGGAUGCUUGCCUAGGUAUAGGGAGAUGCUAGACACAGCUAGCAAUGGGAACUUCCUCAACCAGGAUGUAGAUGAUGGCUGGCAACUUGUGGAGAACAUAGCUAACUCAAAUGGAAGCUAUGGAGAAGAGUAUGAUCGCACCAACCGGAGCUCGACCCACCACUCGAUCGAGUCAGACGAAAAGUUGAGAAAAGAUGUUAAGGCAUUGAAUGAGAAGUUGGAUAAGCUGAUCCUAGCUCAGUCCACAAUGAAGAAAGUCAACUUUGUGUCUGCUGAGGAGAUGGAACCAGUCCAAGAAGGGGAGGAUACACAAUUUGCUGAGGUGUGCUACAUGAGCAAUGGGCAAGGAGGUUACAACAAAGGAUACUAUAAUUACAAGUCCAACCCUGCCAUGUCAUACCGCAACACUGAUGUUGCUAACCCUCAGGACCAAGUAUAUCCUCAACAACAAGCAGCUCGAUCGAGUCAGGUGCCACAACAUGGGUAUGGUCAAAAGAACAAUUACCAAGGACCACAAGGCACUUUCCCUGGACAACAAAUGAAUAUCCCACCAGGCUUCCCCCACCAACCGCCCCAGCCUGCACCUUCACAAGAGAAUGAGCUCAAAGCAAUGCUAAAGCAACUACUUCAAGGGCAAGCUGAUGGGGUAGUGGACACAAGCAAGAAGCUAGCUGAAAUAAACUCUAAGAUCGAGAACCUCAACACAAGGGUUUACUCUCUGGAGAAUCAUGCUUCUUCUGUUGCUGCUGCUACAAAGCAAGGACAACUACCUGGUAAAGCUAUUCAGAACCCCAAGGAACAGUGCAAGGUCAUCUUCACUCAAGAAGGACUUGUUGAAGAAGAGGAUCAAGAAAGGGUCAUUGAAGAUUUUUGUUUACUGCUGAAUGAUGAAGAGAUUGUUGCUGCUGAGGCUCCUGGAGUCCAGAUUGAUCAACCAGAAGUGCAUGCACCUACUGUGGCCAUUCACACUUCACCAGUUGAGCUCGCACGACAAGCUCGAUCGGCAGCUCGAUCGAGUCCAACUCUAGCUCGAUCGAGUCCGACCUCUUCUGUCCGACAGCCUGUUUUGCUUGAUCCUUAUCAACCGGUUGCCGCUUCCUCGUCUCGCCUACUUAGUCAAGGUCACAAGGAAGUGAUUCACAAGUUCAGAAGAGAUCUCAGUGGGAUUGGAAUUGAGUUGCCUCUAUGGAUAGCAUGA